AUGAAUACUACUACUGACGCUGCAUCUUUAUUAAUCGAUUCCGGAGACAUUUUUAUUCGUUCUGGAGCUGCUAAAGGAAUUGCUGGGUUUUUUACAUGGGCUGCAUUAUUAAUAACAUCACAUCAUAUAUAUCAACAUCUUCGUUGGUAUUCAUGUCCUUCUGAACAAAGAUGGAUCGUAAGAAUUCUUUUUAUUGUACCUAUAUAUUCAUUUGAUUCAUGGCUUUCACUAUUAUUUUUUUCAAAUGAUGUUUAUGUUUAUUUCAAUUCUAUUCGUGAUUGUUAUGAAGCAUUUGUAAUAUAUAGUUUUUUAAGUUUAUGUUAUGAAUAUCUUGGUGGUGAAAGUAACAUAAUGGCUGAAAUAAGAGGAAAACCAAUUAGACCAACUAAUUAUUGGACAUUUACAUGUUGUUUAGCUGGUAAACAAUAUACAAUUGAAUUUUUACGUUUUUGUAAAAAAGCAACACUUCAAUUUUGUUUAAUUAAACCUGUAAUGGCUUUUAUAACAUUAUUAUUAGCUAUAUGUGGUAAAUAUCAUGAUGGUAAUUGGAGUAUGAAUGAAGGAUAUUUUUAUACAACACUUGUUUAUAAUUUUUCUGUAUCAUUAGCUUUAUAUGGACUAUUUCUUUUUUAUACAGCUACAAGAGAUCUUCUUUCACCAUAUAGCCCUGUUUUAAAAUUUUUAACAGUUAAAUCAGUUAUAUUUUUGUCAUUUUGGCAAGGAUUUUUAUUAGCUAUUCUUGGUUUAACAUCUGCAAUUGCUCCUAUAUAUAAUUCACAUGGCGAAGAAGUUAUUUCAACUGGUACUGUAGCAGCACAAUAUCAAAAUUUUCUUAUUUGUGUUGAAAUGUUUUUUGCUGCUGUUGCUUUAAGAUUUGCUUUUGGUGUUAGUGCUUAUGCUGAUGUUCAUUCUGUAACAUCAAAUAAUGAAGGACGUCCUGUUACAUUACAAUCAAUUUCAAGUUCUCUUAAAGAAACAAUGAAUCCAAAAGAUAUUAUGCAAGAUGCAAUACAUAAUUUUCAUCCACAAUAUCAACAAUACACACAACAUUCUAAUCCAUCACGUUCAAAUAAUCAAUCUUCUUCAAAUGAUGAGAGACGUUUAGCUGGUUCAAAUUCAGAAGGUAAUUAUGCUAGUAUGAGUACAACACCAAAUCCUGUAUCAUCUUCAUCAUCUAAUUCAAAUAAUGUUGGACCGCUUUGCGAUCUAUAA